AUGGAACCAGCUGUGCUGUUAAUUGGUCAAAGCGCUUUGAAGAUUCUCUAUUUUCGACGGCUUAUUUGCGGAGAAUUAGCGGAAAUUGAAGUCAAAAUGAUGGAAGAAGAUAAGCAGCGUUUACGUGAAGAAAUGUUGCUCUGGGAAGAUUUCCAAAAAAGCGCUCAAGCGGUUGGUUUAUUAUACAAUGAUGUGUCUUGGAAGCAUAUGCAAAAUGCUGCCUUUUAUACAACACAAUUAUAUAAAAGUGGAAUUGAUCAUCAACGACGAGCUUUUGAACGAGGUUUCAUUGCUGGAAAAAAUUCUUUAUGUAAGGAAAUUUAUGCUUUACGUGUGAAUCACAAUUUAACUUUGGAUGAUAUAUGGAGGUAUCUUGCCAAAACUAUUCGUAGUACAGAAGGUGAACACGUUUCAAGAAGCCCAUCGCCAGAAGAAGCUGUUAAUAAUGGCGUUGCUCUCUUUCAACAGGCGUUGUGCAUUCCAUCGGGUAUAAGCAGUCAAGAGCAGUCAUCGGAUUUGAAUUCAUUCCUUACCAAGCAGGUGAAUCGUUCCCGUAAACGGCUUCAUUCACCCAGUCGUUAUCCUUAUAAAAAGAAAAGUAAAUUCUAA